CUUUGGAUGGCCAACAUUGGCAGCGCGUUUCUCGGAGACGCGACCGUCCGGCGCCGAGUUCUCUCUUCGACCGCCUCGAACUCCACGGGAACUCCUCCUUCGUCACCCCCUCCCACUUCAAUGUCCGCUGUGUUCUCCAGCAUCCCUUCCUCGUCCUCAGCAUCACCCAACACGAAGUCCCCCGCGGUUAUCGAGCCCGCAUUGUCCUUGGAGCUUCGCCUGCGGUGGCUCGAGGCGAUCCUCCUGGGUGUCAAGCAAUUAGACACCAGCAAGGCACUAGACACUUUGCCUCGUGGAGAGACCCUGGUUCGCGCGGCAGAUGAUAUCCAGAAGCGGCUGAACGCCAUCGUGAGCAGCAAUGAUGGUCUCAAGCGGUUCAUAGAUCGUUACGAUCAGCACGAAGCUCUCCUCGCGUCAUCAUCCGCCCCUUCCGAAGGUCCCACGUACCAGAAUAUCUCUGCGAGCGAACUUGAAGUUCUCCUGGUCGAAAUGGAACCAGACAUACGGGCUGCUGAACGCGACAUGCAAGAGAUCGAGUUGUUGGAAGAGAAGGGGAUCACCGGUGCUGGCAAGCUGGCAGAUCAUGAAUCCUUGCAACCCAGAUUAGACGCACUGAUUCAAUUGCAACAAGAGGACCUGGCUCUUGCCGCGUCUUUGGAGAAGCGGCUUGAAAGAUUGAUGCAGACGCACGCGACUCAGGUCGAUGCACUUUCUGAACUUUUUGUGGCAUGGGAUGAUGCGGUCCUUGACACAGAAUUGAGGGUACACCAGCUAGAGAAAUACAAACAGGAACGACAACGACUUGGUUUGGAAUAA